AUGGCCCCCGACGGCGCAUUCCUGACCCUGGAGGGAUUCAGAGCGCACUCACAGCUCGCCCAUGUCGCCUUCCAAGCAGCACGGGAUGAGGCAGAGGCCUUCCCUGCCGAUGACGUCAUCGUGGCUGCGCUGGAAUCCGCGGGACCCCGGCGCCUCCCGGCCGACGUGCGCCCCGGCACGCCUGCUGCCAGGGCCGUCGACUUGGCGCUCAUCAGGCUGGGCGCCGCCAGCUGGACGGCCCUGUUCAGCGAGGCGGCCGCCGAGCGGGGAUGCGCCGAGCGCGCGCUGUACGCCGGCGCGGUGCGCGCGGCGCUGGCGCGCGGCACCGAGCGCUACGCGCACCUCACGCCGCGCCAGGCGGGCCAGCUGGAGGACGAUGCGGUGCUGCGCCGGCGGCGGGUGGACAGGCUGCCCCGCCUGCCCCCCUGCCGGUGGGACCGGGACCCCCCCGACCUCCCCGCCCCCACGCCCGGCUGCCGGUCGAGCUGGGCAGGCAGCGCGCUGCGCGCCGUGCUGGCGGGCGCGGGCCCCUGGGAGAUCCCGCUGACCGUGAGCGGCGGAGACGAAGGCCCGCACGCCUGCUUCCACAAGCCGCUGCCGCGGCGGGGGGCCAAUGCGCGCCAGCGCCAGCAGCGCCUGCAGCGCGCGGCGGCGCUGAGCCUGGGCGGCGCCGACGGGGCCAGGCGCGCGGAGGCUGUGGCCGUGUUUGCCCUGGGCACGCACCGCCUGGCCGUGCACAGCCGUGCCGGCCUCUGCGUGCUCGGCGGCGCCUGGGCCCAGGCGGCCGGGUGCUCGGCGACGGCCGAGCGCGGGGAGCAGGGGGAUGGGGCCGCGGAGCGCGAGGCCGACGAUAGGAUUGGCGCUGAGCGUACUCCCUGCCGCGUGGUGCUGGGGGUGCGGGUCGAGUACCUGCCCUCCCCGGCGCGCGAGGCGGCGACGCUGGACGAGCUGGCCUGGCUGGCGGCCGGGCUGGCGCUGGACCCGGAGGCACGCGGCGCGCUGGUCGCCGCCGUGCACGUCCCCACGGCGCGCUUCCUGGGCACGCAGGCGCUGACACGCGAGGCGCUGGAGCGGGCGGGCGGCGACGCGCUGGCGGCACGGCGCCACGCCGCGCUGCGCACGCUGGAGGGCCUGCUGGCGGCGAUGGAGGGGCUGGCGGAGGCGGGGGAGUACCUUGUCACUGGCGGUAGGGGGCCGGUGGUGAUUUAUGCCGCCCUGGCUCCAGAGCUCCAAGAAGAGGGCCGAGAUGUGGAGGAGGGCACGCGGGGCGCGGCGCGCCUACCCCUCAGCGGCGUGGGGCUGCCGGACCCACACACCGUGUACGACGUGCACGCUGCGCAUGCUGCGGGCGCCGCGGUGGGGGCCGGUGACCCCAUGGACGACCCCGCUGUGGCCCCCCUGUGGCAGCCGGCCGACCCGGGGGUGCCCCAGAUCGCAGACACCCUGCCCCCGAAGUGA